AUGUACCAGGUGGUUGCAUUCAUGGCAAUGAUUGUGGGAAUCCACACCGUCAGUCUGUGGAUGGAGAAGGACUGCAGACACAGGCCCAGCUGUUGCUGCCCCAGCAAAGGGCAGGACCGUCCUGAGGAGUGGCUGAAGUGGACUACUGUGCCCAUGUCUCCCCCGGAGCCUUCUGCCAUUGUCCACUACCCAGAAUCCUGCAGGGCGAGUGAAGAUGGACCCCUCAACAGCAGGGCCAUCUCUCCCUGGAGAUAUGAGUUGGACAGAGACUUGAACCGGCUUCCCCAGGACCUGUACCACGCCCGCUGCCUGUGCCCACACUGCGUCAGCCUGCAGACAGGCUCCCACAUGGACCCCAUGGGCAACUCGGAGCUGCUCUACCACAACCAGACGGUGUUUUACCGGCGGCCAUGCCAUGGCCCGCAUGGUGCCCACAAUGGCUACUGCCUGGAGCGCAGGCUCUACCGCGUGUCCUUGGCUUGCGUGUGUGUGCGGCCCCGUGUGAUGGCCUAGUUUGACUGCCGCCUGCCUGAGGCUGCUCCCUGGUUGGCACAACUGGAGAUGAGUGGACAGUGACCUUGCCACCAUGGGCUGGGGUACCUGGACUCUUGGUCCCUGCAAGGCACUACCCGGAGCAGCAGGACCCUGAGACAGGACGGCGGCCUGAGGAGGAGCCUACACAUUUGCACUUUUUGAAAGCACUUUUGGAAGGGAGCAGCUGCACUCUCUGCUAUUGGAAGCUGGUGUCCUGGCACUUCCUCACAGGAGAGGUCUUCAAAGCUUUGCCCAUUGUUGGAGGCCACUCCUGUCUCUCUCUCCUCCCAUCUGCAGCUGCCCUUGCCCAGCACAGGCACUUUCUUGAUAUUUUCCCCUUUGCUCUUCAUUUCACUCACUCACUCAUUCAUUCAUUCAUCAAACACUCAGUAGGAACCUACAUUGCCUGCAUCCUGGUGUACUUACUAGCCCUUUGAUGUGAAUCAUUCUGAGGAAAGAGCUGUUAUUGAACAUG